ACAAAAUUGCCUUUUGCCGGAGGAAAAACUAAAUUCCACACCAUCGCAUUUAGAUGGUUUAGAUGCCGAAACUGAAACAGACCUUCGAAUAUUAGGAUGUGAACUUAUACAAACGGCUGGAAUUCUUUUGAAAUUACCUCAGUUAAGCACAAUACAAAUUGUAAGUUAAUUCUAUUGCGAAGUUGAACUCCGCGAGAUUGUAAAUCUAAAGCUAUCGUACAAAUUAAGGAAGAGGAAGGAACAUGAUACACGUCACGUUCUCUCGUCGUUUUCUUCACGUAUCUUUCGUGAUCUCUACAACAUUAUAACUGUUAGCAUGGCAAAUAAAUUGGUUUGGUACAACUAUUCGAGAUGAAAGUUGCAAUGGCUACUGGGCAAGUGAUAUUUCAACGCUUUUAUUAUAGUAAAUCAUUAGUGAGGCAUAAUAUGGAAACAACAGCAAUGGGCUGUAUUUGUCUAGCUUGUAAAAUAGAAGAAGCACCUAGAAGAAUCAGGGAUGUUAUUAAUGUUUUUAAUCACAUUAAACAAGUUUCUUGUCAAAAACCAAUACAACCUGUCAUACUUGAUCAAAAUUAUGUAGCAUUAAAAAAUCAAGUUAUUAAGUCAGAACGAAGAGUAUUAAAGGAACUAGGUUUUUGUGUACAUGUAAAACAUCCACACAAAAUCAUAGUAAUGUACUUGCAAGUUUUGGGUUAUGAAAAAAAUCGUGCUCUAAUGCAACAAUGCUGGAAUUAUAUGAAUGAUUCAUUACGAUCAGAUGUAUUUCUAAGGCACCAACCAGAAACUGUGGCAUGUGCAUGCGUUUAUUUGGGCGCUCGACAGCUUCAACUCCCUUUGCCAUCUUCGCCUCCAUGGUUUUCUCUUUUCAAAGUCAACGAAUCUGCGAUAAGAGAUGUUUGUCGUCGCAUCUUACGAUUAUACUAUAGGCCACGUGUAAAGCCAGAGCAAUUGGAAAAAAAAGUGGAAGAACUACGUCGUCAAUAUGAAGAGGCAAGAACGAAAGCUCGAGGUGGUGAUGUAGAUAGUCAUACACCAAGUCCACCAUUGCCAAAACAUCAUAAUGCUUGGGGUGGUUUUAUUAGCCGCAGUGGCACACAUGCUGUGCCAGAAAGAACUAAAUCACCAAGACGUUCCAAGUCAACCAGUACUUCUCCAUCAAAAGGAGAAGGAGCAAAGCAUAAUAAAAGAAAGAAACCUAAUAGUAGAAGUAGAUCUCGUAGUCAUAGUCAUGGUAGAUCUCGUAAACCUAAAAAAGCUCAAAGAAGAAGAUCGGGUAGUCACAAAUCAUCGCGCAGUCGUUACAGAUCACAUAGUCGCUCCCGAGAAAGAGAUUCAGAAAAAUCAAAUAAACAUCGCAGUAAACGCAGACGGCUUUGAACGUGUGAAUAUAAUAAAUGCGAAAUGAAUCUAGGUAUAUAAAAAAAUUGAAAUUACUUUAAUAAAAUUUUGAAUUCCUAGAGAAAAAUAAUUUUUUCUUUAAGAAAUUGUAACGUUUGUAAUUUGUAAUCUUUGUAAAUAAAAUGUCAUUUUCAACUA